CUCAGCUGACGUCCAUUGACCUACCAACAUAAAUGUAUCGGGUUUGCAGCUCGAUCGCGAUCGCGAUCACGACGACGACGACGACGAGAAGCGAGCUCCGGCUGAGAUCUUGUUGCCCGUGAACGAAAUCCGAGCGGAGGCUUCGGAAAGUCCAAAGGCGCGCAAAGCAAGCAAGCGUUGGCUCAGUUCUCGUGGGACGAAAGGAAAAGGGAAAGCGGAGGGAGGCGCGCGCGCGAGGAAACGUGGUUUCCAUGAAGUGCCAGCGAUUGUAAUCGUUCUACCGACCAGCGGAGCGAGCUCGAAUAAACUAAUGGCGAUCGCUUUCCAAAUCAUCGUCUAGUUAGUGGUACUAAGUUGUAUCGUUCUCCCCGGCCACUACCGCCGCGCUGUGAUGUGCCCGUGCCCGCGCCUAUCUAUUUGUCCAUUAUCGUAUCGUAUCCAUUUCUUAAUUCCUCUCCUCCCCCCGACUUAACUAAUCAUCGCCGGCAGGGCCUGCCAUUGAUCUGCUACUUGAGGAAUGCGUUGCGAUUGUGGAUGCUACUUGUAGCGCCACAAGGAGGGGAUAGGAGCUCUGUGGCUCUCUCUGCUUUCUGAGGUCGUGCCGAGAUGAAGGUCCCUCUCCCUGUCAGGAGCAAGAGCUUCAAGAAGAGCAGGGGAGCCUCAUGCAGCCUCCCCCUCCUGCUGCUCAUCGGGGCCGUCCAGUUCUUGGUGAUCGGCAAGCCUUUUCCGUCGCUCUUGAUGGAUAGCAGCAGGAGGAGAGCCUUCUUCAAUCUCGCAGAGGAGGAGUUCAUCCCGGAGCCUCAGGUGAGCUGCGACUUCAAUGACACGAGAUCCGACUACUGCGAGAUGGCCGGCGCCAUCCGCGUCCGCGGGAGCACGUCGGAGGUGUUCGUCAUGACCCCUCGCCGCGGCACCACCGCCGGGGACGUCGUCGGCCACAACGCGACGUGGAUCGCCCCCAACGCCACGAGCUGGAAGAUGCAGCCGUACACGCGCAAGGGGGAGGCCCGCAUCAUGAACGGCAUCACGGCGGUGACGGUGCGGCUGGCGGACGCCGACGAGGCCCCCGCGUGCGAGGUGAUGCACGACGUGCCGGCCGUGGUGUACUCCAACGGCGGCUACUGCGGCAACUACUACCACGACUUCAACGACAACAUCAUCCCGCUCUUCAUCACCACGCGCCACCUGGGCGGCGAGGUGCAGCUGCUGGUGAAGCAGAAGCAGGCGUGGUGGUUCCGCAAGUACGGCGAGAUCGUGGACGGGCUGACGCGGCACGAGGCGCUGGAUCUCGACGGCGACGCGCGCGUGCACUGCUACCGGCGGGCCUUCGUGGGGCUGCGCAGCCACAAGGACCUGAGCAUCGACCCGCGCCGCGCGCCCAACAACGUGUCCAUGGUGGACUUCAAGCGCUUCCUCAUGUGGCGCUACGCGCUGCCGCGGGAGCACGCGAUCCGGACGGACGACGAGGUGGUCGGCGGGCGGAGGCCGCGGCUGCUGAUCAUCACGCGGCGGUCGCGGCGGCGGUUCAUGAACCUGGAGGAGAUCGUGGCCGCGGCGGAGGAGCUCGGCUUCGAGGUGACGGCGUCGGACCUGAUGUCGCCGCCCAAGAAGCAGGGCGGCGAGGCGGCGGCGGCCGUGGUGGGCGACGGCGGGCAGGCGCGGAUGGCGGACGCGUCGGCGACGGCGAACGCGUUCGACGUGAUGCUGGCGGUGCACGGGUCCGGGCUGACGAACCUGCUGUUCCUGCCGAUGAACGCGGUGGUGGUCCAGGUGGUGCCGCUGGGGCGGAUGGAGGGCCUGGCCAUGGACGAGUACGGCGUGCCGCCGCGGGACAUGAACAUGCGCUACAUCCAGUACAACAUCACGGCGGAGGAGAGCACGCUGUCGGAGCUCUACCCGCGCGGCCACCCGGUGUUCCUCGACCCCGGCCCCAUCCACAAGCAGAGCUGGUCGCUCGUCAAGGACAUCUACCUCGGCAAGCAGGACGUGCGCCUCGACAUGGCCCGCUUCCGGCCCGUGCUCCAGAAGGCGCUCGACCUCCUCCGGUGACACGCGCACUGACACGUCACACGCCGGCGCCGGCGCCGACGACACAUACAUACACAUCAUGUUAAUCAGACCAACUUUUUCUCCCCUUCUUCUUCUCGUUCUUUGUCGACAUGAAAUCAAAGGUGUACACAAAUUGAUUCUAGUUUUUUGGCCGGUGCA